GCCUCCCCCAAGGCCCCGCCCCAGCUCAGGCCCCGCCCCGCCCCCCGCUCAGGCCCCACCGCCCACCCGACCACGCCCCCUCUAAGCCCCGCCCGACUCCGGCCCGGGACACGUCUGCGGCGCGGAGCGGCUGGGGGCUGUCGAGCCAGGUUGGAGAAUUCUCAGACUCCCCAGACCCGGAACUGCGAGCUGGGAGGUGAGAUUCACUGACCCGAGCUCUGACCAUCUUCCUGGAUCGCAGAGGCCUCAAUCCCCGACGUCAGGACUCUCCCCUUAACCCUGUGCCCCCAUGAUGGAGCCCCAGGAGAGUAGCAUCAGGUACAGCAGGUGGGAGAAUAGCCGCCCGGAUGAAGUCCAUGUGGCCAGCGGGCCCAGCACAGAGGAGGCCUCAGGCUGGCAGAGGGUCUCCCAGAAGCUGUGCUCGGGCAAGCUGGGCAUCGCCAUGAAGGUGCUGGGGGGCGUGGCCCUCUUCUGGGUCGUGUUCAUCCUGGGCUACAUCACCGGCUACUACGUGCACAAGUGCAAGUAAACGCUGCCCAGACACGCCCCCAGGAGCAGGGCUGGAGGGACACCCUGUGUGCGAGAACCCUUCCAUGUGCAUGGACCCACCUGCCUACACAGACCACAGUGUACUCCAAGUCCUGUAUAACAGCCCUGCUGUCUAUACACAGCCCCCGUGUUUAUACACAGCCCCCACCAUGUAUACACAGCCCCCCCAUGUAUACACAGCACCCCCGUGUAUACACAGCACCCCGUGUAUACACAGCCCCCCCGUGUAUACCCAGCACCCCCGUGUAUACACAGCCCCUCCGUGUAUACCCAGCACCCCCAUGUAUACACAGCCCCUCUGUGUAUACACAGCCCCCCCCGUGUAUACCCAGCACCCCCGUGUAUACACAGCCCCCCUGUGUAUACACAGCCCCCCCGUGUAUACCCAGCACUCCCGUGUAUACACAGCCCCCGUGUAUACCCAGCCCCUCACCAUGUAUAGAGGUAUUCCUUGCACCAAUGCACAGAUUCCAGGGACUUGCAUGGACACCAGUGUGCACAGCAGUCACAGGCACCCACAGACAUACAGCCAAACAGGGACACGGGUACAUGGGGGCGCACACAUGCACGCUUGGCACAUACCCACCCAGGGGCCCACGUGACUGGGAGACCAGUCCCAACCUGACUGCAGGACACGCCCAGGCUAGGCCUGCAGCCCAGGGCCCCCAAACCUCCCUUCUCUCCCUACUGGGGUCCUCCCUGGGUGGGCUCUGUCCCGCCUGGCAGGCUCCUCCCCUCUCUAGCCCUUCUGACUCCCACUGUGGAAGGAUGCCUCUAAGGGCAGGGGUAUGUAUGCCUCUCUGUCCAUCCACCCUCCCCAGGGACUGAGUCUUUUCCUGGGAAGAGGGGGGAGAGGGGCCUCAGCCCUUGUCCAAGACCCACUGCUGUGUCUUCCCUCCAGGACGUGAGCGUGUUCCCCGGGGCUGUCCACCCUGCCCCGGGGGGCUCUGCAGGAGCCUGGCCCUUCCGCCUGCACCCUGUGGGAGGCCCGAGACCCUGCACUCGGAGGUGGUCAUUAAAUGUCUGUUGAACAAAA